AUGGCAGCCAACCGGCCGGAAAUAGCGGAGACGCAGGCGUGCAAAGAAGACGAACGAACCGAUGAGGGCGAAGACGUGCCUUCAUUUUCGCUGUCGUCGUCAGCUGUUGCACUUACGCGCCGACGGUCAUUACCUGAACUUUACGGAACGGACACCGUACGACUACGGAGUAGCACCAUUAGUGACGUCUCACUCUCCGGUCUGCUCGUGAGGUUAUCCCAAGCGAUUAGCCUGUGGCUUGCAUCUUCUUCUAAGCAACUCAUGCGAUUAUCUACGUGGACGGUUGUCGGCGCAGAGCAAUUCGAGUGUCUCUACUGCUCUCGCCUCCUACUCGUCGCUGUCAGUCGACUACUUCUCGAGGAAAAAAUAUUGUACCGCGGGACCUGUCAAGAAUCCUGCGACAUCUACUCUGCUUUGGAAGCGGUUGGAAUACAGCAUCUCUCCCUAAAAGUUGUUUCCACAGUCAAAGAUCACAGUGGGAAAAUGUCUUCCGAUGCCGUAUGCAAAGUUACCGGAAAGCUGGUAGCUGGUACCGGAAAGCAAAGUAACACUUUUCAAUGCGCUAAAUUUGCUCCGCAUUCAAAUUGA